AUCGAUAGUGGCAAUGACGUGUCUCUCAAGUCAGCCACUCAUUGAUUGGUCCUCGAGCUAUGUUGUUUUGAAGACUGACAACAACAAUUGUUGUGCAUCCCGACUGACUGACAUCAGUGAUGGCAAAUUCCUUCCUCGAAAUAGUAAUGUGUAGUAGGAUAUCCUGAAGGAGAAACGAGAGUAGAUUCGAAGGAAAGAAUUCUACGAUUGUGAGUAGUAGUAGAUACUGCCCAGGUAGGUGUAGCCACAUAGAGGAAAAAUGACAGCAUUAACAGCAAGUGUGCUGAAUAACUUUGCUGAUUUGGCACUUUCAUUACCAGCACCAUCACUUGAGGCUACCAUAAAGCAGAAUCCAGCCAUUGUUGAUUCCACAGGCUAUGAUGGUCGGACAGCAUUACAGAAGGCUGUUAUGAUUGGGAAUUUACCUGUAGUAAGAACAUUAUUGCAGUAUGGUGCAGAUCCAAACUUAAGAUCCCAGUCUGGAGAAACAGCAGUACAUGUGGCCUGUUGUCGGGGCCUUUUAAAUGUUGUUGUUACACUUCUCAAACAUGGGGGAGAUCCUAUGGUUACGGAUAGUGCAGGGCGUGUUGCCAUUCACUGUGCAGCCAUUGCUGGGUCUUUAAUGCUUGUGCAAUAUCUAGCAGAAGUUUGUGAAGUCAAUCUAGAAGCUGAAGAUAGCCAUGGUUGCACUCCACUCCACAUUGCUGCUUCAUGUGGUCAUCUAGGUCUGGUGGAUUAUCUUGUACAUAGUAAGAAAGUUGGGCGUACCAAAGUAGAUGCUGAAGGCAACACAGUUCUUCACUGUGGUGCGGCAGGUGGUGUUUCAGGUGUUUGCUGGAAUGUCAUUUACCCAGGAGCAGAGCAACUUCUGACAGUACCAAACAGUGCAGGACUUACCCCUGCACAGGUUGCACAUGCUUCUACAUCUGUAUCUCCAGAUUGCCGUAAGUGGCUCGACAAAUGGACCAGACAGUACGAGAGAAGUGGGGCGGUAGAAUCACCUCGUUGGCCAUGGCUUAUCCAGUUGUUAACUCCUGCAACAGUGUUUUAUAUUGGAAUUUUCCUAUCAGUAUUUGGUAUGCCUCAUCACCAGUGGGUUACUGGCCUACCAGUAUUCAUCGUAGCCCUGACAAUUAUGGCAAGACAGCAACAUCGCAUGAAACAUCCUACAAGAUGGCCAAAUCCAAUAUACUUAGGGGCAUAUGGGAGUGGACUCAUUUCAACUCUCGCUUGUUACGUUUUUGCUGUCGAGGCACACAAACACCAGCCAGUCAUCAUUAGUCUUCUUUUGUGGAUAUUGGUACUGGGUCAUUCAUUCCUGUUUUAUAAACUUCUUACAUGUGAUCCUGGAGUAGUACGAUCUGAAGGUCCCCUGCAAGAAGUCUUACGUGGUGUGGGUGAGGGAGUUGUUCGUGGUUACUGUUCAGACUGUCAGUUAGCAUCCCCUCCACUGUCUCAUCAUUGCCGGUUAUGUGAAAAAUGUCACCACCAGGCAGAUCAUCAUUGCCUCUUCCUGAACACAUGUGUGGCAGUCAAUAAUCACUGGCAUUUUGUAGUGUUCAUCAUGACAAAUAUAGGACUUAUGUUGGGAUAUAUUUUUGCCGCAUACAAAGCUACGAUACCAAAAAAUGCAGCGGGUGACUGGGUUGAUCAGUUGUGGGCACAUCUGUGGUAUUUAUUAGAUGAAAACUUGUGGACCUUCCUAAUGUUAGUGUGUAACAUUGUUUCUGUUGUAUGGGCAUUUUAUCUUUUAAGGUACCAGUUCCAAGUCAUUGGAUCACAGCAAACUACUUUGUGUCGGCUGAAGUUGGGAGCUCCUUUAAGCAAACUAACAUUCAGAGAGAAGCUUCGUAAUAUUUGGACUUUCCUCAUUCGCGGUAGAGUUCCCCUUAGCAACCAAACACAUUACUUCAAUGCAGUUUAGGGUAACUUUUGUAUUUUGAAAACUAUCAACUACUUAAAAAGUUUUUUUCUUUUGUAUAUGAAAAUAGGAUUUUUUAAUUGCCUGUAGUGGAGGGUGUAAGAGAGCAAAUAAUUCUUAUUGAUUCCUAUCUUUAUUAUUUUGUAUCUUGUCAAGUACAGCAGUUGGUUAUUACAGCAUUUGAAAUAUGUCUGCAUAUUGGGACAUUAUAGUCCAAAUUCUUUUUUACGAAAUGUGUUUUAAGUACUUGAAUUUAUUUGAGUACUUUGAUACAUUUCUGUAUACAGUAAACACAGUUCAUGCACUACUCUCUAUUAAUAGGAAACAAACCAGGGAUAUUUUCCUUUAUGAAACAAAGCUUGAUUUCUUUAUUUUGUAUAUAGGAGGCUUAUGUUUCACAGUCUGCUAACUCAAGCAAUUGAAUCGUUAGUAUCUGCCAUCAGCAAGGUCGAUCAGAGUGGACUUAACUAGGGUACAGUUGGGGCUGGUGUGGUGGUUGCUAAUGUGAAAUAAUUAUAGCUCUUCAUAGCUAGAUAUAGACAUUCCUUCUAAGGCUACAGUGCUCACUUUGUUCUGUUUCUUGAACUUCUCUGUUGUAAAUAUCAUUUGAGUGGUUGUUAGAGUCUUAUUUUGCACAAGGUUUGGGAUGAUAUGUUGUUUAUGUUGGCUACAUUAGUCUUGAAUGUUUGUAUUGUAAUACUAUCUUAACAUUUCAGUGCAUAGUCCCAGCACUUUUCUUUGCUUGUAUUACCUUUUGAUUUUUUGCUGUUUUGAUAUUUUCCUCCAUUUUUCAUUUAAGCAAGUGUUCUGGCAAAUUAUAUUAGUGCUCACUCUUUUCAGAUUAUCAAUAUUUCUUGAGGUAUUAUAUAUUGAUUUGUAUUAAAUCCACAAGUAAGGUAUGUAUUCAAGAUUCCCUAUUGGAUGGAGCUUCCUGUGAUUCUCUUGAGAUGCUUGCUAAAUAACUUUUUCAUGGUCGUCAGUUUCUUGCCAAUGUGUUUUCAUGGACAUGAACUUUUGAGUGCCUGUAUUAGCUGUUGAGAAAAAUGUCUGUAAUUAAUUUUUUUAUAUUUUACUGAUAGACAAUUCUAGCCAAGAGGGAGGAGUUUUAGCUCCUUGUUAACAGUAGUUUGACCUUUUGAGUAGCUAAAUGAUGAUGGAAGGUUGGGCUAUCUGUUUCCUUCUCUUAUUAUCUACUUGUCCAAUGUCAUUAAUUUUACAAAGCUAUAAAUUCAACCUUUCAUUAAAAAAAACCUAUGGUUGAUUCCUAGGUCCAGAAAUGUGACCCAAUGCAGUUCCCAGUUAUCGGUGGGGGUCCUAUUCCGAUGGCUUGAAGAUUAGUAAAAAUUGUCGAUUAAUGACGCCAAUAAAUGAUUUUGGCACCAAUAACCAGUUAAUGGUGGCUCUGUUAGGUAUGUAUCAGUGCCGAUAACUGGAAAUUGGGGCAUUAUGAUGGCGAAAAUUGCUGAUUUUCAGUGCUAGACAAAUGUCAUGAAACUGGACGGUUAAGUCUGCUGAUAACCAAGGACUGCCUGUACUGUAAAUUCUUAACAGAUGCCAAAGAAUAUUUGAACAUGGUUGUUCCAUAAAGGUUUCCUUUAUUUUUACUGGCAUCUUGUAGCCAUUUUACUUGAGAUACUAGUCAGUGUUACUCGUGUCAUAUUUUCUUAAAGGUUUGUUCUUAAUCAAGGGAUCAACAUCAGUACUUUCCUUUGUUUACUAGUGUACUUUCUCUUCUCAGCUUUAUAAGCAUCACCUCAAUUUUCAGUAAAUGUUCAUAGAAGUUCCAUUUUAACUAAAUUUCUUCAGGAAACCAAAUAAUUACUUUUAUAGAAUUUGAUGUUUCCAUUCAUUUCAGAAAUCAUAAUAGUACUUCAUGUAGGUUGAAUAGCACUUCGAUAUGGGAAGAUAUUCUGAUGAAUUUUGUUAGAAAGAUUUAGGUGAGGAAUUCCAGCUUUGGCAAGACAUUACAUACUUGAAUAAUGAGUAGAAUACAUGCCUAUAACUUACUUUACCAGUGGCUGGAAAAGACCUACAGAGUAAACUCUCGUUAUCCGCGUGUUUGAUAAUUGCGAAUUUGGUACAAUGCAAUAAAGGUAAAUUUUACUAUAAAUUUCAUACUUGCAAAAAAUUGCUGAACAACGUGAGUCUAUAAAUUUUUUUAUCAUGAGAAAUUCCUGAACAGCACAGUUCAAAACCUGAAAAUUGUGCUUAAAACUUUAUGUGUAUGUUUAAAAUGCCCGGUAGUUCCAAUGUCCUGUGGAUUUUUUUUACAAAUUAUCCUGCCGAAUUAUUAAAUAUUAAACUUAAGAGGCCAAAUUACAAUUACCCAACUUCGUUACCUCCGUAUCUUUAUUCCAUCUUCUAAGUUAAAUAAGUUAAAAUAAAGUUCAAGAAAAUGAUGAAAGUACAGCCGAAUCUGAUAAUAACAUCCCUUUUGCUUGUAUUUCAACAAUCGUACGAUAGUAAACAAUUACCGUAGUUACGUUGUUAAUGAUGUUAUGUAGAAUAGGACUUGAUAUGAUUUUAUGUAAUAACUUUACUUGCUGUGAGAUUGUCAACGCAAUACAGUGACAAAUUUAAACUGCAAGUUGUAGCUGAAACUGAUAAAAUAAUAUUCAGGCAUGAAUAAAACUCCCAAACUUUGAUAUGAAUUCAAUCAAUUCUACUGGGAAUGAUUCAAAAAGCACAUUUCACUGUUGUUUAUACAUAGAUAAAAGAUAAAUAACGGAUAGCUCGUUUUAUGAUGAAAACAAGUGAAAAUAACGAAUGGGAUCGCUGGAUUUUUACGCAAUCUAUUGACAAAAAAAUAAUUAGUUCACAAUGAGACAUUAAAAACGAAUUUCGGCUUAAAAACACGUCGUAUAACGAAAAAUGACUUUGUUCAUAUAAGUAGAGCAUCUAAAUAUUCAUUUAUGCUAACUAGGAACAAGAACGUUCGCCGAGAAUCGAGCCUCUCUUGGUGGCCUUGGUUGAAUAGGGCAAAAUAAGUUCAUAUUUGCCAUCAGCUGAUUUCCAAAACAAAACAUUGACCACUUUGUUAGUAUUUUAUGAUAUGAAAUAUGAGGAUACAUAUAAUAUUACUGGAUAAAGCGAAGUAAUGUAUGACUUUUAAAAACUUCAUGGAAAAUAUGCAUAUUUAUUACAUUUGUAUUUUAUAAAUAUACGUAGCUAUCAGCAAGCCUGACACCGUUUAAUUAUGCCGAAGUCGGACCGAAUCUGAUUAUCGUUUCAUGUUCAAUUUCUUUCUGCACUGAAUUAUCAUACGUCAGAAUGCAUUGAAGCUCCAGAAUUAGCCAAUAAUAAUUGAAUAUAAUGUAGGCUAGGCUACUGUACAUGCAUUCAGUUAUCAUAGUUUACGCAAGGCUAACUCUUGUUAAUUUUAUUCAAUUUCUCUUUGUAAUGAGUUAUCAUUAGUCAAUAUCCACUGAGCUGAGAGAAUUAACCGAUAUGAAUAAUUACUCUACCAUAUUGUGUAGUGUAGGGUAGGUAUAAUAUGUGAAGAUGGUACCAAGUACCCUAGUGUAGGCUAGGCUAUAUUCGAGAUGUGAUAUUUUCAACAAACAAUGGGUUUUUUGGAACCUAGCCCCCAUCGUAAGUAGGAGAAUACCUGUACAUAUUUCAAGUUCAGUUCAGUUCAUUUAUGUUAUGUAUAAAUAAAACUUUGGUGGGUUUAUAUUACAUUGGUUUACCUUUAAUUCUUAUGGGAAAUAUUUUAUAUAACCGCGAUUUUGAUAUUCACGACCCUUUUCAGAAACUAAUUAGGUGCGGAUAACGAGAGUUGAUUGUAUAACACACAACUUUUACAGUUUUGGAACACCAUCAUUAAUUUAAAAACAUGAGAUAUUAAAAAUAAAUAUUGAAUUCAUCUACAUAGGGUAGGAAUUUGAAAGAUGGUUGUAGAUAACAAGUCCAAGAUGGGGGAAAUAUUAAAAAGGGAAAAAUUAUUAAUAAUUUUUACAUGUAAAUUACCAUAGUUUCAUCAGUUCUGGCACCAAAAUGUAGAAUGCAUUUCAUAUGCCUCUAGGUAUGAUUCAAGAAAGGAAGCAACAUAUGGGUCACUCCCAUAUGUUUUUUUUUAUGAUUUUAACAUGUGAAGGUGUUUGUUUUUCAAGCAGGUAAUUUGCCAAAAAUUCAUGUUGACUAUUUAUAGUAGGAAAGCAAAUGCAUUCAGUGCAUAUAAAGAGGAAAGUAUCCUUUAUAGACCCAUAGGACUAGCAUAGCAAUGAGUAGGUUCUGUAUUUGUAAACAGGAAAUGAUUGUUUUCGAAAUUCAGCAGGAAGUCUAGAGAACCUUUGCUGCAGAAUUCAUCGUGGGAAAUGAUGAAAGCAGCUUCCGCUUCCCAAAAACUGCAUAAUUGCACCCUAAGAAAAUCUCUCUAGAUGUCAACAGAUGUGUAGAAGAGGUAGGCUAGUCUGUAGCUUGCUUCUUUUACCAGGGCUGCAAUCAUGCAUUCAGAGCGGGAAGUUUUAAGGAGGAUAAGAUGAGUACUGAAGUACUGCUGCACCCUAAAUUUUGACUGGUGAUAGGGUGAAUUGAGGGAAUGAUUUAAAUGUAAAAAGAAACACAUACCAGUGCCUAAGAAAAAAACAGGAAUGCUAGCAUGAUUGUCAUUCUAUUGGAUUGAAGUACAUGCCACUUUUUUGGCAAAUCAGCUGUUUACUCAGCAGAAGUUGUGGUGUACCAAGGGAGUUGACUAACGGUGUAGAAGGAUGGGAAAGGGAAUGUAUUAACACUUGAUUUACCCAAACAUGGUGUUUCAUUUAUGCUAGUCAAAAAAAAAUUGCUCAAGAAACACACACUAUGGAUAGGAAACAAAGGAAAGGACCUAGGAAGUGUAGAUGUCAGCAAUUGAAAAAGAAUGACUGAGGUAAGGAUUCAAGCCAUCAGAACUUAAUCAUUUUUUCUUUGACAUUAUGGGACUGUUUGUUAGAACUAUUUGUCAUGGGAUGGAGGUUUUCAUGAAUUCUCUCUCCCUUACCAGUUGACUGUUUGAAUUCCAGUUGAAGUUGGAUAUAGCGUAAAAUAUUCUGAUUUAGAAACUUAUUGUGUCAUGCAGCAUAUUCUCCACACAUUAAACUCUACAUCCAACUGUUUUUAUAUUAACAUUUGCAUAAUUUCAUAGUAUCCAGUAUGUAUAUUAAAAUGCUGAAUGAAAGAAUUUGGAUUAAAUUAGUGAAUGGAAUUUGAAUAUGCACCAUUUACAAAAAAAGCUACUGCAGUACAUAGAAUUUUUCUAUAAAUAUAACAAUUUAUAUGAUGAGUUUCUACUGCUUGAAAAAAUUUUAUUGCAGUUUUUGAAAAAAAAAAAAGAAGUUAGCAUAUUCAAUGAGAAUAUCAAGUAUUUAUUUCAAAUAAAAGUUAUAAAAUUAGUUGUAGGAUUGCAACUGA